GCUAUACACUACGUGACUCCACCACCCUCCACCCAUCGUCUUCUCACACCAGCAGCGCAAGAACGACCCCGACCCAACGAACCCUAGCGCCGCGUCCCUCUCCUCUCUCCCUUAUCCAUUCGUACGAGAGCACGAGCACCGUACCGGGAACGUUCUCGAAAUUGUCUAGGUGGGGCAAUCUCGCUGCUCCCUCGUCCUUCACCAAAGAUUCAGACGUACUCCUUUUCUUCGAGAAUCCGUUGGGAAUUGGUUUGGACCCGAGUUUCUUUUCGUUGCGUCCGAAUCUCUCGUCGGAGGUUGUGGAAGCCCUUUUCAAGCUCGUUAUCGUCCCAGGGGCUUCCCUGAAAAAUAUGGAUUUUGAAGCUAAUGAAAUGCAACAUAAACAAGAACGCUUGAGAACAAGAUGGACACCCUCCCUGGACAAGGUUUUUGCUGAACUUGUUGUUGAGCAGAUUAAGCUGGGGAACCGGCCGAACAAUGUCUUUGAUAAGAAAACUUGGAAUUAUAUACGUGAUGAAUUUAAUAGACAGACAAAUCUUCAUUUCAAUAACAACCAACUAAGAAAGCACCUUGAUGUGUUGCGAACUCGUUAUUACAACCUAAAAUCUGCUUCUGAUCAAAAUGAUGCUUUGGACGAUUCUUGCUACAUUGGUUUUGACCUAUGGGAAGACAUCGGGGCUCAGCCGAAGCCUGAAUCGAGCAAAACCAAGGAGUGCCCUAUCUAUGAGCAGUUGUGCACAAUAUUUGCUGACUCAGGUGCUGAUGGGAAGUAUGCCCAAUCAAGUCACUAUGAAGGGCUGGACAAAUCUGCUGGGAUUGAUAUCUCAUUUAAAGAAAGUGGCAACUUGGCUCCUCCUUUAUCAUCAACUCCUUUACACAGUGCUGCUACUUCACAACAAACUACUAGGACUGUAGCUGGUAAAAAGAGAAAGUGUUCAUCAGACAUAGUUCCUGCUUCAGGCCAGAACUGCGGGGAUAGAGAGAUAAUUGAUGCUAUGGCAGAAGCGAUAUGGGAGAUGAUUGCUGCUUCAAAGUGUCAGACAGUUGUAAUGCCUCAAGUUGAUGGAAGAUUUACAAUCCGUAAAUGUAUCAAAGCUUUGGAUGAGAUAGAAGGCAUUCCAGAAAAUCUUUACUAUGCAGCUUUGGAUUUAUUCGACAAUCCCAGUCUAAGGGAGAUGUUCAUUUGUCUUAACAGCAGCAGCAUACAGCUGACAUGGCUGCAGGGGAGAUGUACUAAUCUUGCUUCAUUUAUCUAGCCUUGCCCCUGGUUUACAAGUUUAGUGGUAGUACCCAUUUUGUCCAGCGAAAAAUUUAUCAGAAACUGUAUACAUAAAUUCCUAUGGCCUGCUUGUAGUUACCAGCAUGGGACAGGUAAAUAGAAUGUAGUUAAGGUAGCAGCAUGCAUUUGGAGUUGUGGUAAGGCAUUGGUGGUACUGGCUAUGGAAACUAAAGCUUUACAUGUUCGUAGUGUUGCUAAGCAGGUUAGCGAUUCUAUUUUCUCUUGCAAAGAAUGUUUUGAAUGGAAGACUUUUCUACUUUGAAUGAUAUGUUGGCAACUACACAUUUCAUUUUAUUCAUUACAAAGGGUACAUGUUUUAAAGUUAUUUCAUUACAAAGGGUACAUGUUUUAAAGUUAUUUCUUCUAUUUUAAACUUCUAGCUUUAUACGAAUGCAGGAGUGUCCGUUACGGUACCAUUAAAAGUUUUUAUUAAUUGAAUAACUGUUACAACAAUUUGAAGCUAACUUGUCUGAUCUUGUCCCAUAACUUGAAGAGGCAGCAUCCGAUAUUGGAAAAUAUUUAUCAUGUCAUCAAUCAGUGAGGAUUUUCUAGUCCAUGUCAUUUUGUGCUGUGGCCAAACUGUUGUUUUCAUAUUUCGUACAUCCUUUACUGGCAAAACAAAUAGGAACUUUAUCCAUAUAACACUUUAUCUUUUCCUUCAAGGGAGUAGAAUUAUGCAUCUACCAUGUCAUAACUAGUUGUAGCUGGCAUAUGUAACCCUUGGAAGUUGUAUCUGUCGAAUAUUCACCUCCUCCACAACUAUGUGUAAAUAAUCAAGGAGGUAUUACUUCAGAUGCAAAUGUGAGGCAAUAAAGAUGAUGCUUGCCUGCA